AUGCCGCUUCUCAAGCAAGCUUUCUUUGGAGGAACAACCGCAGCCCCGGCGGGCCGUAAAGCGGGCGGCCCCCGAGGCUUUGCGACAGCCUGCGGGGCGGGGCCGGCGUCACUCAGUUCCGUAGCAACCCGGGGACCAGAGCGCGCGCGCGCAGAGGGAGGGGCGUCCCCAAAGGGGAAGAGCCACCUUCUAGACCUCCGCCCUUCCCUCGGCCACCCCACUCCCACGCCGUCCAAUCAGCGAGCGCCGCUGGCCGCGAGGGCGGGGGGAGUCACGUGCGCCGAGGGGAGGGCGGGCGGGGGGCCGGCGCAGGCGCAGUGGGCGGGGGCCUCGGGAGCGCGCCGGCGCGCGGCCGAGCCCGCGGCCGAGCAGUGUGCGGGGAGGGCGGGGAGGCGGCGGUGCCGGUCCUGCCGCUCCGCCCGCCGCUCCCGCGUCCCGAGCCCCGGCCGGCGGGGCCAGCGGCGUCCGGGGCUUGGCGGAGGGGAUGAACGGAGGGCGGCGGCGCCGGGGGUCCGGCUGACAGCGGCGGCGGGCGCCGGGGAUGCUGCGCCGCCGCCCGCGCUGGGACACGGGCUGCGUUGGGCGGCCGGUCCUUGCCCGGCUCGGGAGCAGGAGGAGGAGGAGGACACUGCGGCGAGGCUAAGUGUGAAUGCCAUGAAGCUUUACCGGCCGGUCCCGAGGAUGCACCGUCGAUGCUGAUGGGACAGGAUCCAAUAUGAGUGUGAGUGAAUGUUGGAGGAAGACGACGCAAUCGAGGACGGCGAACACACCCUGCACAUUCUACCCCGGCGCCUCGCCGAAGGGACCAUCUACUGCCCCCGUCUCCGCCCGGCGGAACUCGACGGCGGCCGAGGUGAUCGGACUCCCUCAAUCGCCAAGCUCCGCUUGGACAAAGCCAAAUGCUACGUGCUGGCAGAAGUGAAGGAGUUUGGAGGGGAGGAAAUGGAUC